UCUUGCCUGAUUUCUCUUAACAGGAUAUAGUCAGGCACCCCUUGAGGACUCCCUGUCACCUGCCACGGGUUUAAUUUGUUCAGGUGCUUUAGUUUAUUUAGCUGCUCUGUCAGCCAGGUGCUGGUGGAACUAGAGAAAAAAGCAGGUUACUGGUUUGUUUAUGACCUCCAGGUGCUCAAGAUGAAGAUGCUCUAUGUAUUUCAUGAUAGCUAGUUAGGUUAAAUGAGCUGUGGUCUUUGUGGACCUUUCUCUUUGACUUGCUGAAGCAAAUGUUUUAGUUUUUCCUUUUGUUUGUUUGUUUUGUGAAACAAAAUAACCAUUCACAGAUGUUAUUUAUUUUUUUUAGCUGUGUAUAUAAAAGUAGCCCUGUCGAGCCUGUCCUCACCAAAGCCUGCAGAUUUGUGUUUUGAAAGACCAGCUCCCAUAAACAAGGAACUUGACCUAACAGCUUAUAAUGAUAUUAAAAAAUGCUAUUAAAUGAGGUAGCAGUGGUUCAGCUGAACAUACAUUUUCCGCUGUGCCCAGCCUAGGUGAGGAAACAGCUUCAUUUUAUUUUGUCCUGGAGCCAGAACAGUGAGCACAGAUCCUCUGACCUUGGGAGGAGAAAGAAACCAAUCUUAACUGUGGGAAGCACCUUGGACUCAAUUGCCAGAAAACUUCAAGUUAACUUUUCUUUCUUGUCCAUGGGUUUGUACCAAGUAAGGGAGUGAGAGUGCAAAAAUAUUUGCAGCUGUACAUGAGUGGGAGGGCUGUGCAGCUCUUCCUGCCAUGUGGUUUGCAGCACUUUGCCACGCUGAGCUGGGUUAGCAGGCAUGGGGGGAGAGGGAGGGAUGGAUGGACUUGUGACAGAUUAGUUGUCCUUGUCUAGUAGAACCUUCAGAAUUAGUAGUUUGGAAGUUUUAUCACUUACUGGUAGGGUAUGAUUUUUAAAAAAGUAAAGUCAAAUGUUGACUACCUGGAUUUGAAGGCCCAUGGCAUUGAAAUGAGCUCUCUGAAGACGUAGUGAACCGAAUGAAAGGAUCUCCUCAAAGCAGAAGGGACAACCAGAGAUCUCCCUACUCAUUCAGUGGCACAGCUCAAUCUUCACCAGCUGCAGAAGGGAAACUCAGGUCUCCUACAGGAAUCCAGCCACCAACAGCAAGUGACUCUGGUCAGAAGUCUUCUGCUGCAGAGCAGGAACUGUACAGGAGGUAUGAGCAGGAACAGGCACUGGUCCAAGAGGAGCUGCUCCGUCUGGCUAAAAGAGAGAGGGAAGCAGCCAGUGAGGCCUUGAAUCCUGCCCUUCAGCAGGAAAGGAACAAGGCUAACGAGGAGAGGCAGAGAGCAGCCCAGCUGCCUGCAGAUUUGGAUGCCUGGAUUGUGGAGCUGCAAGGCAGGGAGGCAGAGCUGAAGAGGCAAGAGGCCUUCUAUAAUGAGCAGUUGGCCCGUAUUGAGAAGAAGAAUGCAGAGAUCUACAAGCUGACAGCUGAGCAGUACCAGGAGGCAGCCACCAAGACCGAGGAGUGGAUAAAGAGGAGGAACACUGAUCCUGUCUGUGCAAGCCUGCAGUCUGAAAUUCUGAAGUGCUACCAAGAAAACAAACAUGAAGUGCUCAAAUGCUCAGAGCUGGCUAAGGAAUAUCAGCGCUGUGUUAGUGCAGCUCAGAAGGUGCAUGGACUAGAAGCCAGAGCUGGAGUGACAUGUCCCCCCUUCCAUCCAGGCAGCACGUUACACCCAUAGGGGUGACUCCAGGACUUUCCAGCAGCAGCGUGAGGGAUGAACCCAGCUCACCUCCUCCUGGGGAACUGCCUUGUGGAUACCAGGCUCUCCAGUUCCUCCUGUCCCACCAGCAGAAGAACAAAGUGACUUACAAAACCAUUUCAGGUGGGCUUGUGGCCAGGAUGCUAAAGCUCUUGGCUGUGGAUGCAUCGAAGUCUGCAAAUGUCCUGCUGGCCUGGGAUGAGGCUUGUGGGAGCUUAGUGUUUCACUGGACAUUUCUGCCUUGCUGAGGUUUGUGAUGCUCCUCAGGGGAAUCUCUGUGCUGCAAUAUAACAUCUUUGUAUAGGGAAAUUGUCUUAAGUAGUGGUUUCUAUGGGUUUUUUUUAAGGUAUAUUUGUCAUAUCUUUUAUUGGAAUAGAAUUAAAGGGAAAUUGGAAACUAAAAUAACUUUAAUUACGAACUUCAUGAUUCAGUAUG